CAGACAUACAAAAUUGUACACAUAGCGCGGCACACGGUACCGUCUCCACCGGCACCACGUACGUACAGGUACGUUAAUUGCACCGGUAUAUUAAAUCGUGUGCUACUGCUAGGAUUCAAAGAUGGAUUUAAUGGUGGAGACGAAAACGUCGGCUUUUGAGGAAAAUUUCUGGGGGGAAAAGAACCAAGGCUUCGGAUGUCUCUACCAUAACAUGAAACAUGGGCAGAUAUCCACCAGGGAACUUGCCGACUUCAUCCGAGAGCGAGCUGCAAUUGAGGAGGUCUAUUCUAAGAGUAUAAGCAAGUUGGCCAAGACAGCAAGUAACAGUUCCUGUCUUGGCACAUUUGCACCAUUCUGGCAACUGAUUAAGACUGCCACUGACAAGCUAGCCGCUGCCCAUCAGAAGCUGAUUCAGAAGCUGCAAGACGUAGUCAAGGAUGUGCAGAAAUAUGGAGAGGAACAGCACAAGAAACACAAAGCGAUCAAAGGUGAAAUUCAGUGCACCGCCGACGUUGUUCAAAGUCUACAGACAACAACAGACUUGCUCAACAAAGCCAAAGAGCUGUACAACACACGGUGUAUCGAGUAUGAGAGACUCAAGAAAGAAAACGCCAGCACUAAAGAACAGGAAAAGGCGGAGGCCAAAUACAAAAAAGCAAUGGAAGAUUACAAGAUGUACGUUGAGAAGUAUGCCAACCUGAGGGAAGAUUUUGAAAAGAAGAUGACCAAAUCGUGUCAGCAAUUACAAUCCAUCGAGGAGGGCCAUUUACAGCAGCUGAAGGAAUUUAUCAAGCAGUACAACGGAGCACACCGAGAAUGUGGGACAAGUGUAGAGCAGGUCCAAGGGGAAUUCAGUCAACAGUGUGAGGACCUCACAUCCAUCAAGCUCAUUGAGAUGUUCUCAGAAACCAAAGGCACGGGCAAAGAGAAGCCAGGUCCUAUAGUGUUUGAGGAAUGCGAUGUCUCAAAUAUUCCAAGUCCCGAUCCGGACAAGAGUAAGAAACGAAAGACAAAGAAAGAGAAAACGAAGAAAACAAAGAAAGAGAAGGACGAGAAAGAAGGGGACACCCCAGAUGCGCUCGCUUCCAGUAAAUCCACCACUCUCAGUACCAUAUCCCCAACCACCCCAACCGACGCCUUCAUGUCGCCCAGUUCCAUGUUAUCACAGCAGAGCAGCCUCAUGCCUUGCAGUUCCAUGCCGGACGUGCGAGCGCGACCGAUGCGACACAACAGUCCAAGUAUGUUUUCGUUCAGUUCUUUCCUGGGCAACCAUUCGACGUCGGUGAGUAGUGACACCUCAUCAGCACGGCAUGACUCUGACGGAUAUGGCUCAAGCCCACAGGUUGACGAAGAAGGAUUCAGCAUCCGGCCACAAGAGGUUUCGCCAAAUGAGGCUCCCACGCGGGACAGUUUCUACUCGGGCUCAGACACCGACUCGGACAGUGAAGACCGGACAAGGAAGAUCCACGUGGAGAUCAAGCCGGCCGUCGUAUCCGACUCCAACAGUGGCCCCAACGCAGCAUCCGUCGACGAGAUCAAGAAGUCUCUCGGAGGGCUGACGCUAUCCCCGCCCAUUAUGAGAAAAGAUAAAUCAAAUGGUGAUUUGAAGAGAAGAAAUCAAACAGUUUUACGUAGCAGCUACGGGGCCUCGCCCACCCAUUAUGCCCGCGUCUUAUCUUCCAGGGAGAGCUUUGCGCGACGGAGUGCCCAAUCCAGUGGCAACCUGCUGGACCUAGAUUUCCUUUCGACCUCCUCUCCAACCUCUGACCUGAUGUCGCCAACCAACAACACCAGCUCUGCCACCACACCCAGCUCCACAGAUGGCCUGUCAAUGUGGGCAGCGGUAAAGCCCCUGGUGGGCCUUGUCAGUGAGAGUCGACCCAGGGUCGAGUCCAACCCCGUCCCUGGCAGUCUGACCAUUAAGCCGAUUCUGAAGCCGCGCAUCCGAGCCAAAACUGCUGCAGACCUGCUGCACAGCCCGACCACGACAAGCGACAGUCUACCCCCAGCAUUGCCCAUCAAACAGAGGCACAGCAUGGGUGGGUUACCAGCCACCUCAACCACCCCCACAGGGGGCCCCACUGCGCCAACACCGCCCCCUAGGUCAACCAAUCGACCGUGGAGUGGAGUGCAGUCCCCAGUUCCCCGAAGCGAAACCCCCAACAUGUUCAGGCAAGACAGUUCCUCAUCGUUAACCAACUCAUCCUUCAAUGCGUCUUAUGUCUCUGGUACCUCACGAGGGCCCAGCCCCCUGACGUUGGGCAUGUCUGACACAAUUCCCAUAGCUGCUGCCUUCACCGAGUCGGUCAAUGCCUACUUCAAAGGAACAGAUCAGUCUAAGUGUAUGGUGAAGAUCACUGGCGAUCUGAUGCUGUCAUUCCCGGCAGGCAUUAUCCAGGCCCUGACCAGUAACCCUUCGCCUGCAGUACUCAGCUUCAAAGUCAAGAAUUCGGACCGGCUGGAACAGGUGCUACCCAACAAACAGCUCAUAACCAAUGACUCUUCCCAAACUACAUCCGAUAGUCAAGCCUAUUCCUUUAACAUGAGUAACCUUGUAACGUUGCUAAAGAGACAGGCCGAGAAGAAUGUAGCUGCAUCCUACUUUAACGUAGACAUCCUCAAAUAUCAGGUCAAAGUUGAGCCCGAAGGCCGGUCCACCCCGCUCCACCUCAUCAGCUACUGGAAGUGCGAGCCCAGCACCACCGACGUACGGAUAGACUACGCCUACAACUCGUCGGCCGUGGACCAGGCCGUGCCACUCAGCAACGUCACGUUGAUUGUCCCUGUCGACGGUGGAGUGACGGUCAUGCAGUCCAAGCCAGCUGCUACCUGGUCAGCAGAAAGCAAACGAGCGCUGUGGAAGAUCGGCGACAUAUCCCCCAACAGUGAAAGCGGGCUGUCCGGCUCCAUCCGUGCCAAGUUUGAGCUGACGGAAGGCCCCAGCAAGCCAGCCACCUUGGCAGUGCAGUUUAGCAGUGACGGGACGACGUUAUCUUCUCUGGACAUUGAGCUGCUGACCACGUCCUACAGGCUAUCACUGGUCAAGAAGCGAUUCGCCACAGGUAAAUACUUGUCGGAGAGCUAACAUCGAAGUAAAUGCGCCUACUUCACAACUGCCUUGAGAAGACUUGAAUUUCCAAGAUGGCCAACACGACUUCCAAGCAGAGGUAUCCAAACCUCAAUCAUCGUGUGGCCAUCUCCACUCUUCCUCUGAGUAGCAGUAGAAUUGUUGUCUUGUUCUAAAUAGUGUCUUAGAGGUACAUGUACCUUUUUUUAAGAGUUAGAAAACUCAAAUGUAAAAUCUAGUCAGAUGUGGCACUUAUGGGAAGGCGAAGUCAUUUCUGCAAAAGGAUGUGAAAAAGUUGGCAUUGCGCUUAAAAAGAAGGCAAACUGGAUUAUUUUUGGAUUUUUGUCAUCGGAUGUAUGAGGAAAGAGAAGCCAAUGCCAAUACAGAGCGGAAAAAUGUGAAAAUUCAACUGGUCCUCGUGAUAUCCUUAACCUUACUGCUUUGUCAUAUUUAAACACAGUAUGAACAUGCGCCGUGUCCAGUUAGCAGCUGCCCUCCAUAGGCCAAAAUCGAUCAAAAAUACCGCAGGGCUGUGUGUUUUAUCGGGUGUUACUCUAAAUUUUGGCUGAUUCCUUUUUUUUGGGGGGGAAGGGGGUAUUACAUCAUACAUGUAGUUGGUCCUUAAUAAUGAGUGUCCACAUUCCACCACAGCUGAAUUUAGGUGGCACUUCUGCAAUCAUAAUCUUAAACAAAAAAAAAAAAGAUGAUAUUCACUGAAAGUUGGUAACUUGAAAUUUCCCACUUGCAAGUAAAUUUUAGUUACUACACCAGUCACCCAUUUACCACAAGAAGAUUUACAUUUUCAGAAGGGAAACAGUUUCAAAGCCGCCCAAAUCUGUAAUUCUUGUACGACUCAUUGAAACAUAUUACCCUUUCCCCCAGGAAACUUUCAUUGUGGAGCCGUAUACUUUCAUUUAGUCGUGUAACAAUUUCCAGUGUCUCAAAUACUCUACAAACAAAAGGCCACACCAUUAUCACAACAUGCCUCAACCAGGAUUUUUUUAAAUCAAUAAUGUCAUUCUUCAAAAGGUUUAUUUUGUUUUUUAAUAUAUGAGACAUAUCAGUGGAGCCUGCAAAAUACUUAAAAUAUGAAGAUUCUGAAAUUGCAUCAAGAAAAAUACAAUUGUAGAUGAACAGUCUAAUUUAAUAUUAUAAACUUGUACAUCUGUACUACUUGUGUAAAUAGAUGCAAUGAAUUGACGAGAAGUAGGAUUACUUGGCAGAGAAUAAAAAGCAAAAUAUUUUUGUAUAUACAGAAGAAUUGACAUGGGAGGCCUACGUAUUUGGAAUUAUCCAAAUCAGAUAUGGUAUUUUUGAAAUUAAUGCUCAAUACAAGAGCUCCAGUUAAGUCUUAAGAUGGUGACUCCACAGUGCUAGAGAACAGGGCAAGAAGACCAUUCAGAAGAUGGUAGCGGUAAUUCCACAAAUGAUUUUAGAGUAGCUCUAGUUGGUGAGUUCUUUAAAGUGGCACAUGUUCCUGCGUAUCUAAUUAUUACCUGAAGUUGUGCUGUGUUCUGGAUGCUGCAACAGGUAUCAUAAGCUGUGUCCAAUUCAUCUGGCUGGGGCUCGGAGUAAACAUGCAUUCGUUGAAAGUACAUGUAUCCACGGCCGGUGGCUUCAACAAGCAAAGCCACAGUUUGUUUUUUGGGGGGACAUAACUACAGGAGCUGUGAGCUCCUUGUGCAGUUUGCUCUGUGCGUGAAAAAGAGACAUCGUUCUGUGGGGCCAACUUGGCGUUCGCAAUUUGUUAGCGGGCGUAUGUGGUGCACACUACGAGAGGAACACCAGUCUAGUCUUCACAAGUGUCCUGCAGGUCUCUCUUUUCGGUCACCAGUGAAAGAGUGCAUCUGCACAUGGUCCAAAGAGUGAGCUUAGUCAAUUCCCUUGCUCACACAAGGGCCUACUUCCAAAAACUGCCUUGGAGCUGCAAAAUACUGCCCAGCAAUUUUCACUCAGCAGAAAUGGGACCUCAGCUGAGGAUGUGUCUUAAGCAGCAUACAUCUUGCACAGCAAUUCCAGUGCUUUUUCCUGAGACACAUUCUCUUCAGUGCUAAUUUCUGUGUAAAAGUGCUCUCCGUGGUUGAUCCACAGCUUGGAAUAACUCAAGAAGUAGCUCUGGAAGAUUCUUUGUGUGUCGAUGGUGGGCAAAACGAGGAACGGUUGAUUGUUGCAAAGCGGGUCAUGGGUUUCUCAACUUUCAGGGGGAAGGGGCACAUGGCUUCCAUCGUUUGGUUGCUUCAUGUCAAGUGUUGUGCCUCUCUCAAGUGAAA